AGUUUAAUAUAUUUUUAAUGAAAUUAAUUUAUCAUGUGUCGAAAUACGAAAGUGAUCAUCCAAUGAUUUCACACAAAUGACGUGAAAAUAUUGGCAUUUAAAUAUCUCAGUUGUUUUAAUAUAGUGUAUAUUAAAUGACGCAAAAAGGAGAAGCCGACUCAGAAAUUCAGCAAAGAAAUCCAGAAAGAAAUUCGUCUUAUUGUUUAACUGAAGAAGUGGAUUUACAAAAUCAGGAGAAGGACAAAGCAUCAAAAAUAUCGAAUCGAAUUCCAUGGACGAAUUGCACAAAAUCAGAAAUUCAUCCGGAAGAAUCACAAAAACAAACUGAACUCUCCAUUCGCGUGAACUCUAAAUGUUUACAAGAUUCUACGAGAAAUUUAAAAGUUUCAAAAAUAAAUUCUCGAAAUUCAGCCUCGUUGAAAAGAGCAGAAAUCGAAUCGAUUAUCCCAAAGAAGGAGGAAGUCGAGGUAGAUCAAGUAUUGGAUAAGAUCAAAAACACUUGUCCGUUUUGCGAAAAGCACUUCGAUAACGCGAAGAAGGUUGAGAAUCAUGUAAUUUAUGUGCACAGAAAACCGUAUAAAUGCGACAUGUGUAAGAGAACGUGUCACACAGCUCGAGCAUUGGAGGAGCACAAGAUGAUCCAUCGAUCGGAUUAUUUCUUCGAGUGCAACAUCUGUCGCGUGAAAUACAAGAGCGAAGACAGCUUGAAGAGGCACAAUAUGCGAACCCAUAGCGAUUACGAGUCGAAAUACAUAUGCGAGCAUUGUGGCCGUAGCUACAAAUUGAAGACAGACUUGACCCAUCACGUGAAGAGGUCGCACGCCUCAGAGCUACAGAUUUGUCGAUUCUGCGGGAAGGAAGUGAAGAACGUGAAGGCACACGAGUGGAGGCAUCAGAAACGUGACAAAGAAACGACAUACGUGCACACUUGCCACUUGUGUCGCAAAAAGUUCCUUCACAGAAGCAGAUUGGACAAUCAUUUGAGACUCCACGAGAAAGGCUUUAAAUGCGAACAGUGUGGCAAAGAGUAUGAUGGAACACGUGAGUUAAUGAAUCACAAAAGGUUCAAGCAUGGCCGAGUGAAGAUUUUCACCUGCGUCUUGUGCCAAAAGGCGUUCCCUUCCAGCAGUAAUUUUUAUCAGCACGUGUUGACCCACGCUGGCAUCAGGCCCUACAAAUGCGAUGUUUGCGAGGAAGAUUUUACUCAGCGUUCUAGCCUUUUGAGACACAGAAGACAUCAUCCUGGACCACUUCCCCCGUUGCACUCGACUCAUCCGCAGAUCGCUGAAUUGGCCAGGAAUUAUUUGCAGAAACUACAGAUCGACAAAAGCUUGGACGCGAGAUUAUGA